AUGGCCGCUACCUUUUCAUAUGCGCAGGCUGCCAAAGGCAUGUCCUCAUCUGUGCAGUCGAGCAAUACCCCAUCCGGGACAGCAACACCUUCGAAGGAUACCACAUCUGCAUCCACUGACAUACCCACCGAACCCUCCGGCACAAGCUGGGCAGACUUGGAUGAUUCGUCGACGUCUGCCCCUGUGAAGGAGCCAGAGGAGGUCUCGACGGCUCCGGCUGCGCAGGGUGACGGAAGUGUGGUUUCACCAGAGAAAGAGACCUCUACGUCAGAGCGACGCAAAUCCCUCUCUGGACUUUCAUCACCGGAAUUCGGCACGGCAUCAUCUUCAACACUGGGAAAGGAAGAUGACGUCUCUUCCGUACCCAACGCUUCUUCUGAGUCAACAUGGGAGAACAAGUCCCAAACGUCCAACGUUGUAGAGCAGUCUACAGAGAAUGCGGACGAGAAACUAGAGAAGGUCGAAGGCAAGAAGGCGAAAAAGGAGAGGAAUCUUUUCACAAUGCUUCAAGAAGCGCCUCCUCCCGCUGUGAACAUCUGGAAGCAGAGAGCAGAAGCGCGAGCCGCUCAACAACCAAGUCGAGCUAAGUCAAGCUCGUCAUUCGGUCCAGUAGCCACAGCUAUACCUUCAAAACCGGCGGAUGCGAAACCCGCCGAACCGGGGCGCUCUGUACCGAGGAGGAAAAGCAGAUCUGGUCCUGCAGGCUUUGAGCGCGCGGUCGUAUCGUUGAACGGAACCAACGCCAGGGAUCGUAACGACGAAAAAGAAAGUCCAAGUCGGCGUGAGACAAGGUUUGACAACAGCACCAUGCGAAGGCCGGGUAGUGAGCAGGCGUCGCGGUCCUUCGAGAGAGGGCCCAAGGAUAGUGUUUCGUCACUUCCACCACCGGUUCAAAACAAAGCGUCAUGGCCAACACCCGACAAUGCCCAAGAUGAGGAGAAGAAGAAACCCACAGAGAAGGGCGACAAGAAAGGAAGAGAGAGAGCCUCCAGUACUAGCUCCAAGCCGCACGGCAAGAACGAGUGGGUCCAGCUAGCCUACACGCCUAAUGUGAUCUUCAACACACCAAUCCCGAACACUAGUUCAAGAAGAGGGGGACGUGGUGGGAGUCGCGGUGGACGAGAUGCGGGCGGUCGUGGAGCGUCCAGUGCUGUGAAUGGGGCUAGUUCGCCUGAGAAGGAAAAUUCAAAUGUCGGUCAUACUUCCGCAGAUCAACAGAGACGCACAAGGUCGGAGAUUAUUCCAACGGAUGUUACCAACGCAAAGCGAACGGCAAGUCCUGGGUCUACACUGGCAAGAGACCAAGGAAGUCCUGUCGCAGAAGGCGAGAAUAAUACCAAAGCUGCGAGUGCUGAAGGCCCAGAAGGGUCAGCGCAGCAGCGAGCGGCUUAUAAUGAACCGAACCCGAACCAGUUGGUUUCGCGCACAAAUUCUUUGCCAUUGCAGCCGUCUGCAAGUAGACCGAGGCAAGCAAGGAACGAGCGAAGACAAGAUGGCGAGUCUGUGCCGCCAGGCGCUGAAGGUACGUUCAAGUCUCAUCUAUCUCUAAUGCGAACCUUGUCACCUUUGUAG